AUGGAAAAUCAAGGCCAAGAUGCAGACCGCUUCGACCCCGCGGACCUUGAAAAGGAGUUGGAGCCAACACGUACUUCGAAGUUGAACGAUAGCGAUUCUCCAUCGGGUGGCAUUCGAGCAACACCAUCCGACGACCGGAUUUUGCUCUCCGAGGAGCAGGCUCUCAACCGUGCGAGAGAGCUUCCCAACAGCACCGACCCCAUCUACUUGACCUAUUCCAUCGACGACAAGGAAAAUCCACGCAACUGGCCAAAAUGGAAAAGGUGGUACAUCACCUGCUUCGUCAGCAUGCUGAACGUAUUCACCUGCCUCUGUGCAGGCGGAUAUAGCUCCGGCCAAGAACAGCUCAUAGCUGAAUUCGACGUUUCCGCCGAAGUUGGGACAGUGGGCCUGUCGAUGUACAUCCUAGGCUUUGCCGUCGGGCCCCUCAUGCUGGCACCGCUGUCCGAAUACUUUGGCCGCAACCCGGUCUACGUCUGGUCCUGGCUGCUUCUCGUCAUUUUCCAGAUUCCGCUCGCCCUGGCGCCAAACAUCGGGACGGUCAUCGUCUGCCGUCUGCUGCAGGGUUUCUUUGGCAGCGCCCCCCUCACAAACACUGGCGGAACCGUCAGUGAUCUUUGGGCGAGGAACGACUGUGGUAGCGCCAUGGCCAUCUAUGGAUUGAGCAGCACCUUCGGCCCACCGCUCGCUCUGGUCAUCAGUGGCUACAUCGCUCAAAACAUGGGCUGGAGAUGGCUGUUCUGGGUGUACAUGGCCAUCUUCGGCGGUUACUGGCUUCUCCUCGUGCUCACCGUCCCAGAAACGCGCCACUCCAUCAUCCUCGACAAGAAGGCAAAGCGCCUCCGCAAGCGACUCCGCGCUGAAGGCCUCACCGCAGCCGCCGACAACCUCCUCGACGCCAACGCCGACGAAAAAAAGGGGCUACACACCCUCUUCGCCAUCACCCUCACCCGCCCCUUCCGCUUCCUCUUCACCGAACCCAUCACCAUCUUCGCCGCCCUCUACAACGGCUGGAUCUACGGCAUCGUCUACCUCCUCAACGAAGCCAUCCCCCUCGUCUUCGGCACCGGCCACGCCUUCACCACCGGCCAAUGGGGCUGCUCCUUCGCCGGCCUGGCCAUCGGGUCCCUCCUCGCCGCCUCGCUGCACCUCCCCCUCCAAGAGCGCCACUACCUCCGCCGCGUCGCCGCCUCCGGCACCGGCGCCGGCUGCCCCGAGGCCCGCAUGCACCUCGCCCGCUUCGGCACCUUCCUGCUGCCCGCCUCGCUCUUCUGGUUCGCGUGGACGAGCUUCCCGACCGUCCACUGGCUCGCGCCCGUCGCGGCGAGCGCCCUCUUCGGCGCCGGCAUAUACGUCAUCAUCCUCGCGAUCUUGAACUACGUCGUCGACAGCUACCAGACGUACAGCGCGUCGGCGCUGGCGGGCGUGAUCCUCGUAAGGAAUCUCGUCGGCGCGGGGUUCCCGCUGUUCGGGCGGCAGAUGUACGAGCGGCUGGGGUGGGAGUGGGCGAGCAGCUUGCUGGCGUUUCUGAGCGUCCCGCUGUGUGCGAUCCCGUUUGUGUUUUUUUACUGGGGCGAGGCGAUUCGGUUGAGGAGUCCGUGGGCGAGGGAGCAUUUCGCGCAGGAUGAGGAUAAGCCGCAUUGA